UGGACUGCAAGGUGAGACCCUGAGCCCAGACCUCCAGGAGCUACCCAGAGCUGCUGUUUGGAGCUGCUACCAUGUCGGGGAAAUUUGAGAUUGUGAACAUGGACAUGAAGAUGGGGGCAAGCCUGAAGAUCAAGGGCAAGAUCGCUGACAGUGCUAAUGGCUUUGUGAUUAAUUUGGGCCAGGGGACAGAUAAACUGAACCUGCAUUUCAACCCACGCUUUGGUGAAUCCACCAUCGUCUGCAACUCACGGGAUGGCAACAGCUGGGGGGCGGAGCAACGGGACAGUCACAUGUGCUUCAGCCCAGGGUCAGAAGUCAAGCUCAUCGUGACCUUCGAGAACAAUGAAUUCAAGGUGAAGCUGCCAGAUGGACACCAGUUGACCUUUCCCAACAGGCUGGGCCACAGCCACCUGAGCUACCUGGGUGUGCAGAACUUCAUCGUCUCCUCCUUCAAGCUAGAGUGAGGGCAGCACCUCACCAGAAUGCAAGACACCACCCCUGCAAGCAGAUUCCUGACCCAGAGCUGUCUCCUCAUGUGGAAUCAGUGACCCUUGCGACCCAUCUGCUCUUUCUAAUCCUCCGCCCUCAUCCCCCAACAAAAGAAUCCACCUUUAUAGUCUUUCCAA